UCGGCUCGGGUAUUUCAUUCAUUCCACUGUUCUAACAUACUAUAUUUCAGUACAUUCAUCAUAACUUGAAUGUGCAUUGUACGUUAUUCAAGAUAUUCAUAUAUCUUUAAUGUAUAAUAUAUCUAAAUCAUCGGAGCAGAGACACGAUAAAAUAAGCUAACCUUUGAUCAAAUAUGGGUGCGAGUAAUAGCGCAGUAGCUGAUAAUGAUGCAUAUAUAGCAAAACAUCUCAAAGAUAUAGAGUUUAAUAUUAGGGUUAGCGAAGUAGAAUUUAUCCAGACUGGAGUGGAAACAUUGCUCGCUGAUAUCGUUAACGAUAUAGCCGAACAUCAAGAGGACGAUGUGGACAAAAUGAAGGCAGAUUGGAUAGAGAAUAUACGUGCAAGUUGUUCCCAUUACUAUAAGGAUAAACUUAAACUAAAAGAACAACACACGACUGAAAAGCUGAUCAAAGUUGGAAGUUUUUAUGAGGGGACAAAGAAUUAUUACUCAGAUAGUUUUGAUUUCAUCUAUAUUGCUGGAAUAUUUGAAACCAUUGGUAUGUCGGCGAUAAGUCUAUUUCUUCAAAGCAAAGGGAAGGACUUUGUGUCUAUCUUCAGGGCACUUUUAUGUCGCCAAAUUUUCUCAGAACCAGAUAAAUAUGUGAUUGAAAAUUCAACGGUUCACCUAAAAUUUGAUAGUAUAUAUGAAGAAGGUACCGAUUCAGCAACAUCAAUAAAGCUGCAAUUUGAGUACAAGAACGAAAUUGGACAUAAACAUGAAAUCAUAGUAAACCUUUAUCCAGCCUUUAAAGUUAAUGAUUCGUUUCUCACUGUAGAAACUCUUCAACAAAAUGAUAUUUGUUCUUCCCUACCUGAUUUCAACCGUUUUAUAGGUGAAACAUCAAGUUUUGUUAUAAUGAACUUUUCCAAAAUAUCAUUCGCAGAAACUGAACUGCAGGUAAUAAACGAUGUAAUUUCACCGCACCAUAGAGUCGUGUACAAGUUUGUUAAACAUUUGAUCAAUGGAAAUGACAAAGAUGAGCGUUUAAAAAAGUUUUGUAGUGGUUGCAUCCACAAUGUUAACAUUUCAUCUCGAAGAAUCAAAACUGAAUUAAUGGCUCAUCAUUUAACUUGCAAAGAUAAGACCCAUUCUGACGAGAGCAGGCAUAUACAAGCAUGUGCCAAAGAAAUUAUUCUGGACCUUGCCUUUCAAGUUGAAGCAUGCAGAAAGAGAUGUGUUGUGAGGUCCAAGUGUGGCAAAAACAAGUGGCUUUCCGAUGUAAACGUCUGGUAUAAUAAAUGGACCGAAACACCAGAAUCCAAUGCAUUUAGAAAUUUCGGUAGUAAUUACCUCAGUGUUCUGGGUAAUUCUUUAAAUCCUGGGCCUGUGACGUCACUAAUGUACAGGUUCUACAACAUUGAUAAGUGUUAUUCGCAAUACAUGCUUGACAACAGGUUUGAGUUCUUUCAAGAUAAGCCGCCAGACUAUUUUGGGACGGAUGAGUUAAAGUGGUAUUUUUCUGUAGGUAAAAUACGUGGCUGAUUCCCGGUAUACACAGCUACUCACCACAUGUAGAUAAUACAUUGUGUUUUAUAUCAUAUUAUGUACAAAGAAUGUAGUCUUUUAAUCUAUGAAAUAAAAGGUCAUUUUACAGUU